AUGGCAACUCAGGCAGUCCCCGAAGCGCUGACGGCGCCAACACAAACGUUCAAGAAUGUUCCGCCAUUCCCAGAGGAUGUGCCAACCGCACCCCUCCUACGCCUGUCUCUGGCCAAACUGCUUGACCGUGAUCCUGAAGAGGUGAAUCGAUUCGUGCGAGCCUGCGAAGACCUCGGAUUCUUUUACCUAGACUUGACUGGGCCAGGAGACUCUUUGCUCGCCGAUGCAGAUCAACUUUUUAAGGUUGGGGAGGAGUUGUUUGACCUUCCACUAGACGAGAAAAAGCAGUAUGACUUCCAGAAGAAGGGGUCGUACUUUGGCUACAAAGGGUUUGGUGCCAAUGUGGUUGACCGAGAUGGCAAUCUCGACCGCAACGAGUUCUAUAAUGUAUCCAAAGAUGAUAUGUUCGGGAUCAUGGAUCCGAUACCUGCUCCUGAAGUUCUCAGCUCACGACGGCCCCUUUUGAAAUCCUUCAUGUCCUCAGCUCAUGGGAUUGUCACACUGGUGCUAGAACUGCUUAACGAUCACCUCAGACUACCACCCAAUACAUUGCAAGGCAUGCAUCGGCUCGAGGGCCAUGCGGGGGAUCAGGUUCGUUUUAUCAAAGCUCCGCCACAGCCUAUGGACGACAGACGGACCGCGUUGGGUGAGCACACCGACUUUGGAAGUGUCACGGUCCUCUUCAAUCGGUUGGGUGGUCUACAGGUCCUUCCCCCUGGACGAGACGCACAAUGGUGCUACGUAAAACCUCUCCCUAACCACGCCAUUAUCAAUCUGGGCGACGCAAUGGUAAAAUUCACAAAUGGCCUUCUCCGGUCCAAUAUACAUCGCGUGGUCUCUCCACCCGGCGAGCAGGCAGACCACACCCGAUACUCCCUGGUGUACUUCAACCGACCAGAGAAUGACGUGUUGCUGAAACGGUUGGAGGGCAGCGAGAUGAUCCCUCCAUUGGAUGAGGGCACAGUUGAAGAAGAAAUUAAUAGCAAAGACUGGAUCUUGAGACGAGCACUGGGUCAUCGUAUUGAACUGUUUGGGAACGAUGCUUCGAACUUCGACAAAAUCCAAGGGACGGAAAAGAUCAGCCAACGUGCAUACCUGUAG